GUUCUCUCCUCAUCUGGGCGGACAACGCGGUCAUGUUUUCGACGUUACUUGGGAUUUGUACUCGCCGCGGGAAGUUUUAACCUUCAUAGUAUGGGAUCUAUGCGGCUCUCUUGGUGUCGAGGAGCAUGGGGAUUAGAUGUGCAAAAGAAAAUCAGCAAAAGAAAAGCAGGAAGAAAUAGUAAGCGUGAAUUCAAUGAACAGUGGGAAAAUGAGUUCUUAUUUAUAGCAGGUCUGUCAGGAAAACCGUUGUGCAUUGUUUGUGAAAACACUUUCCCACAUAAUAGAAGACAUGAUCUUAAUGGACACUAUAAAACACAACAUCAGACUGAAAUAGAAGGAAAACUGAAGCUAGUGCUUGGGCCUGAGUUACGGAAAGAAUAUGUAAUUAAGAAAAAGGAAGAAAUCAAAAGAAGACAAAAUAUGUUUGUUAAAAGAAGUUGUGAAAGUUUGGCAAUGAAAGAAGCGUCCUACAAAAUUGCUUUAGCGUUGGCCAAAAAACAGAAGUUUUUCUCUGAUGGAGAAGACAUUGUUAAGCCCUGUCUCCAAAUAUUUGCAAGAUGUUUUGGUGAUAAAAAUAUCGAAAGGGAAGUAGACGAAAUUGCUCUGUCAAAGCAAACGGUUACAAGACACACCGAAGAACUCUGUCAUGAUGUAUCUGAGCAACUGAAAGACCUUGUCCAUACUUGUACUUUCUUUUCUUUAGCUUUGGACGAAUCUGCUGACAUAUGUGAUGUAGCCCAGUUAAGUGUUUUUAUAAGAGGAAUUGUUGAUAAUUUUAGCGUCUUUGAAGAACUUAUCGGUAUUGAGUCGCUUCAUGGAAAAACAAGAGGAUCAGACAUAUUUGACAAAGUAAAAUCAUGCCUAGAAAAUCUACAAUGGAGCGCUGUCAAUGAUAGGUAAAGCCGCUGGGAUCUAUUAAAAUAUCACUGCAUUAUACACCAACAGUCAUUGUGUAGAAAAACUUUAAAUUUACAACAUGUUAUGUUACUGGUUGUGAAAUACGUGAAUAAAAUUAGAGUAGAGGAUUAAACAGAGGAGAAUUCAGAAAAUAAUGUGAAUGUCAGAUUUGGAAUAUGGCGAUCUUGUCCUUCAUUGUGAGGUGCGCCGGCUUUCUAGAGGACAGGCUCUGAGUAGAUUUUGGAAACUGAAAAAUACUGUUCAUAAUUUUCUGGAAGAGAAAAAUGAGCUGCCUGCGAAAAGAGCCCUUUUAUGUGAUAACAAUUGGCUAUUUGAUCUAGCAUUUUUAGUUGAUGUUACCAGCCAUCUCAAUGAUCUAAAUUUGAAACUCCAGGGCAAGAACAAAUUGUUUGCUAGCUUAGUAAAUGAUAUCAAUGCAUUCAAGAUGAAGUUAAAACUGUUCACCUCUCAGUUAGAAAAUGAGGAUUUGAGCCAGUUUCCGCACUUAAAAGAGCAGAGUGAAUGUGCUGAAGAUAAUGGAAACUUUACAAAAUAUAUUGCAAGAGCCAUUUGAAAGUCGUUUUCGUGAUUUUUCUAAAGAAGAAGACUGCAUACUUGCAUUUAUAAACCCAUUUUCACUUAGUGAACAAAAAAUCAUGAAAACCUUGUAAUGUAUAAAUGGAACUUAUUGACUUGAAAACAAAUUGAACAUGAAAUUUGAUGAGCUUCCUGCAGUCCCAAGUGCUUCUGAUAUGAUUAAUUUCUGGUGAUCAUUACCCUGUGAACAUUUUCCAGAAGUAAGAAAAUUUGCCCAGAGUUAUAUCUGUUGUUUUGGAACGACGUACAGAUGUGAACAAGCAUUUUCAGCCAUGAAAUUGAUUAAAAACAAAAAGAGGUCGCGACUGAUUGAUUCAAAUUUGAAGAAUUCUGUGCUGCCCUCAGUAACUAAUUUAACUCCAAGCUUGGCGAAAUCAAAACAGACUCAAAAGUUUCAUUAAGGCCAAGACUCUUCUUCAGGACUGAAAAGGAAGGGGGCAGAUGCCAGAAUAAAAAGCAAGCAAGUUUGAAAGUGUGCAAUAGGCAUGGGGAGUGUAACAAACGAAUUCUUAGAUCAAAGCAACCAGUCCUCCCCUCAGGAAAAUCACUUCAGCUUCCGGAGUGCUGGGGACUGCCAUCAUAUUGAUUAUCGGCUACUGAAACGAGACUAUCACCACAGAGUGUUUGUGAACAGGAGCCUGGAACUUGAGAAGAUUAAAUGUUUUGGAUUCGACAUGGACUAUACAUUGGCAGUGUACAGAUCUCCUGAGUAUGAAGAGCUAUCCUUUCAGCUGAUGGUAAAUCACUUGGUCUCAAUUGGAUACCCCCAGGAAUUGCUUCUCUACACAUAUGACCCAACAUUCCCCACCAGAGGCCUUGUGUUUGAUACACUGUAUGGGAACCUUCUGAAGGUGGACUCUCAUGGAAACAUCUUGGUGUGUGCUCAUGGAUUCAGCUUCCUCAAGGGGUCAGAGAUUGUUGAGCAAUACUCCAACAAGUUUAUCCAAAGAGAUGACAUAGAACGGUUUUACAUCCUUAACACUCUAUUUAACCUUGCUGAAACCUACCUCUAUGCCUGUCUAGUGGAUUUCUUCAUCAAUUGCUCAGAAUACAGCAGCUGUCAAGCAGGCUUUAGAAGCGGUGACCUCUUCAUGUCAUACCGGAAUAUGUUCCAGGAUGUGCGAGAUACAAUGGAUUUCGUGCAUGAUUCCGGGAUUUUAAAGAAGGAAACAUUGGGAAACCUGGAAAAAUACGUGCUGAAGGAUCCUCGCCUGCCGCUGCUCCUGGGUCGAAUGAAAGAAGUGGGGAAGAUUUUCCUUGCCACUAACAGUGAUUACCCCUACACAAACGCAAUAAUGAACUUCUUGUUUGACUUGCCAUCUGGACCAAAGCCAGGCACCUCACACCACAGCUGGCAUACCUACUUUGACUUGAUUGUGGUGGACACACGAAAGCCGCUCUUCUUUGGAGAAGGGACUGUCAUCAGGCAAGUUGACAACGAAUCAGGAAAGCUUCGGAUUGGCACCUACACAGGCCCCUUGCAACAGGGUGUGGUUUACUCAGGAGGGUCUUCAGACAUGAUCUGUGACUUGCUGGGAGUGAAGGGUAAAGAAAUUCUGUACAUUGGAGAUCACAUCUUUGGAGACAUCCUCAAGUCCAAGAAGCGACAGGGCUGGAGGACCUUCCUGGUUGUGCCUGAACUGGCACGUGAACUGCAGGUCUGGACUGAGAAGAGUGCUCUUUUUGAAGAACUUCGUAACCUUGAUAUAGUUUUGGCUGAAUUUUACAAGCAUCUCGACAGCAGCAGCAGUGAACGGCCCAAUAUCACCUCAGUUCAGAAGCGGAUUAAGGUGGUGACCCAUGAGAUGGACAUGUGCUACGGAAAGAUGGGAAGCUUGUUGCGGUGUGGUUCCAGACAGACCCUUUUUGCCAGCCAGUUGUUGCGCUAUGCUGACCUGUAUGCUGCCUCGUGUAUAAAUCUCUUAUAUUACCCUUUCAGUUACCUGUUCCGAGCACCUCCUGUACUGAUGCCCCAUGAAUCAACAGUUGAGCAAAUCCCUCUGGAUAUCAGUGAUAUGGAUGGUUUCUUAGAGAAGCAUAAGAACCACUUCCAGACAGCUAGUGAGAACCACCAGGUCAGUCGAUUCCCUCUUAAAGAGAAGGUGAGUGUUGGUAUUUCCUCCUCAAGAGAGGUGGCUUUGUAGCUUAUCCUCCACAAUUGAUUCCUGUCUCUCUCACCAUUUUCCAUGGAGGUCCUUGGAUCUCAUCCAGGGAAGAGAGGCUCAGUAUCACUUCUUGCUUUGCUCCUUUCCCACAACUGGGGAGGUCAGUCCCACCUUCACUUUCCACUCAGUGAGAUCCUUGCAGAAUUACAUACUCCUGUUAGAUAAUGUGCUCUUUUUCACUGUUUCUUUGAGAUUACAUUGCAUGCUGUUAAGACUAAAUUUCUCUUUGCCCAAUAUUUAGGGUUCUUGUAACAGUUACGGAUUUGAUGUGAGCAUAGAGGAAGAAGAGAAGUAAAAACAAUCAGGUUCCUGAUGCUGUUAAUUAAUUGGUCCAUUGGUUUUGAGAAACAUUCCCCGAUUUUCAGAGGUGACUCCAAAAGUAACAAAUCUGCAGUGAGCUUGGAUGAUGUCCAUGAUCCAACAGGAACACUGAUCCUCUACAUUCAUUUUAUGGCUGUAAACUCUGUGACCCAGUGAUCUUUUUUUAUCCUGAAAGUUUUCACAUUACAACCGGUGACUCAAGUUGACCAAAGUGCUGUUCCAGAAGCUGGCACGUUGGCCAUCAGCAUUGUACGAAAAAUGUUUACUGUAAAAUUAUAACCAGGGUAGGCUGAUAAUUAUUAAGCAACUUGGUCUGUAUUCACAAUCUUCCAUAAGAUUGUUGUGAAGGAAUUUUCUGGGCAUACUCUUGCUUCCAAAGUGAAUAUUGCAUCGUCUUGCACCUUUUUGAAGGAAGAAAUGCCUUAGUUGGGCAAAUGUGGGUUUAGGAAGAAAUAUUACAAAGAAGUGGAGUAUGGAGACCUGUUCAACCUGUUCAUACCUCAAUAAUUCCCGCUAGGUUCGAUCACUCACUACACACUAGGAACAAUUUACUGUUACCGAUUAACUUAUUAACCCGCACAUAUUGGAGAUGUGGGGGUUGGGGGAGGCUGGAACAAUCAGUGGAAAACCUGUCACAAAGAGAACGUGCAAACACCACAUAGACAGCACCGGAGGUGAGGAUUGAGCCUGGGGUGCUGGUACUUUGAGCCAGUGGCCUUACUUAGCUGUGCCACUGUUCUGUCCUUAUGUUUCCAACAUAAUGAUUAUCUGAUAUAGUUGAACACAAAUAAAAUUAAAUCAGAGAACAUUGGGAACAGUCAGCUUAUGCAGUGUCUGUGGAGUGAGAAACAGAGUUAAUGUUGAAUUUUCUGUUUCACUCUCCUGACCUGCUGAGUAUUUCCACUAUUUAAUGAUGUUUCGGAUCAUUAAAUAGUCGUUUGAUUUUUGGUAGCUCGACAUGGAUUCAGCUUGUAAUGUCAGAAAAAUACUCGGUGACACCGUGCAGUGGGGGCUCCCAAGAACUGAUUCCCUCUCAGAAAUCCCACCAAGGAUUAAUUUUGGAACCUGUAAAGCAGUCUCUUUAAACACUCAAUACCUGCCUUCAAAACAGUAAAUCGAAAAAGGCACAUUUCUCUGAGGUCAACCCUUGCUGCCUGUGUAACCCAAUUAUUCCCAUAUUUACUCCCCCACAUUGAGUUACCCCAGCUUUACAAUUCUCAACUUAUCUUCAGAUCCUUUCAUGGUCUCACCUUCUCUCUAUUCUGCAGCCCACCAAGAUGAUGAUUUUGGCUCUGCAGUCAGCUCCCGUCUUAGCCAAUUCUCCCUUAAAUAUCUUUCCACUCCACUUCUCUUUCUACUAUGAAGCUCUUAAAAACCUACUUCUUCAACAGAGUUUUCGAUCACCUGCUCUGGUAUCUCCUCACACGACAUGGUGUCAGAUUUGUUCAAUGUGAAAGACUUUGGGGCGUUUUACCACUUUUAAGUGCAAGCUGUUAUAGUUGUAAUAUCACUGAACUCUAGAACACAAUACACAAUCACCAAACCAGUAACAUCUACAUUACAUGUGGCAUUUGUCGAGGAGACAAAUUUGAAGGAAACUUUUUCCUGGCAGAAGCAGGGUGGGUUGAAUAAUGAUGUCACAGCAAGUACUAUUUUCCCUGGUUUCUGUUUAUGAGAUAUAAGGCAAUGAUUAGGAUGCUUGGUAGCAAACAAAUUCAACCAUUUUCCAUUUUAUGGAAGACUGAUGUGCUUCUGAUUGUUUGUAUGUUACUAGAACUGUUGAUAUUUAAUUGUGCUGAAUAUAAUUAUAAGAUCAUUUUUCAAUUAAAAAUAUUUUUAAA